AUGAACGAAAGACAAAAGGCUGAAUUAGAAGGAAAUAAAGGAAAAAGUUUAUUUUGCAAGAUUUCACUUAAUGGAUCAUAUGGUUACGAUGCAAUGAAUACACAAAAUUACGCAAAGACUAAAAUCAUAAAUGCACAGAAGGCACGCGUUGCAUGUAUGUCAAAUAAGUUUAAAAACAUAAGAGAAAUAGGUGAGGAUACAUAUCAAGUGAUGCUUAAAGAUAGAUUUUAUAGAUGUGAUACAUGUUUACAAGAGGCAUUCUUCACUUUAGAUAACGCAAAAUACUGGUAUUUAGUUUUCAUUUAUUAUUUUAUGUAUAAAUGCAUGGAUGUUAAUCGUUUUCAUUUCAUUGAAGGUGAUCCUGAUUCAUCUUAUUGGGCAAUCGCUGGCGACCCAAAUCUUCCUAACACUCAAGCAUUUCAAGCAAUUGUUACCGAUAAACAAUUUUAUGAUAAAAACAUUUUCAAAUUCGCACCUUUUGAUUUCUUCUGUUUUGAUGAGAAAUUUAAACCUAAAUUAAAGAAUAAAGCUGAAGAAAAAGCACAUGAGAAGAAGUUAUUGGGCUUAGCAAUUGAGAAACAGGGUGAUAACAGGUUGCUUUAUGUCCUAAGUGUUAUACAUCAUUCAACGGUUCAAUUGAUGGAAGUGAUUUUAAAAAGAUUGCACAAAAAAUGA